AUGUCAGGACUGAAAUCAGUGGUAUACUUUGUCAAUUGGGCAAUCUAUGGGCGAAAUCACAACCCCCAAGACCUCCCCGCAGACAAACUCACUCAUGUGCUAUACUCGUUCGCCAAUGUCCGUCCAGAAAGCGGCGAAGUUUACUUGACAGACAGCUGGGCUGACACCGACAAGCACUACCCCACUGAUUCAUGGAAUGACCAAGGCAUCAACGCCUACGGUUGCAUCAAGCAGCUCUACCUCCUCAAGAAACAAAACAGGAAGCUAAAAGUGCUUAUCUCAAUCGGUGGCUGGACUUAUUCGGCCAAUUUUGCGCAGCCGGCCAGCACAGAAGCUGGAAGAGAGACCUUUGCUAAGACGGCUACAAAGCUGGUUCUUGACCUGGGUCUCGACGGUAUUGAUAUAGAUUGGGAGUAUCCUCAAGAUGACGCGCAAGCCCAGAAUUUCGUUGCUCUUUUACAAAAGUGCCGUGAGACGCUCGAUCAAGCAGCAGGCCCGAAUAGAAGAUUCCUGCUUACCAUUGCUUGUCCUGCUGGCGCAUCGAACUAUCAGAAGCUCCGACUUCCUGAGAUGACACCUUAUCUUGAUUUCUACAACCUGAUGGGAUACGACUACGCAGGGUCAUGGGACCAAGUCGCCGGCCAUCAAGCCAAUUUGUUUCAUUCAAAUCAGAACGCUUCAGCUACCCCAUUUUCUACAGCCGGCGCCCUCGAUUACUACAUCAAAUCAGCCGGUGUUCCCCCCUCAAAGAUGGUACUGGGAAUGCCCCUCUACGGCCGUGCAUUCCAGAACACUCAAGGACCGGGCACCUCGUACAACGGAGUUGGUGAAGGCAGCUGGGAACAAGGCGUAUGGGACUACAAAGCUCUUCCCCGGCCCGGUGGCAGGGACCAAGUCGAUCCGGAAAUUGGGGCGUCAUGGUGCUACGACGGUAACACAAUGGUGAGCUACGACAAUGUCCAAGUCGGCGAGAUCAAGGCCAAUUUCAUUCGUAAUAAUGGACUGGGCGGAGGCAUGUGGUGGGAAAGCAGCGGUGACAAAGGAGGAAGUGCCGCCGCGAAGGCGGAUGGUUCGCUAAUCGGUACCUUUGUGGACACCAUCGGAGGCGUGGGCGCUUUGGAUCAGUCGCCGAACAAUCUCGAUUUUCCCGAAAGCAAGUUUGACAAUAUACGGACUGGCAUGCAGGGCGCUUGA